AUGUAAAUAUAAGAUGGAAACAAUCUGUUGCUUAACCUUUCCAAUGGUCCAAUUGACAAUAGUAGAAGGUCCUGCACAAAUGUAUUUUGCACCGUCCUCUAUUCUGCCAUAUUGUUGAGUAUCUUGGGAAUUGGAUUGUACAUGAAUCAAAGCGGAAAUUUAUUAUUGAUAGACAGAGGAUAUGACCCUGAUCAUAGACCAUGUGGAAUAGACACAUUGAGAGAUUAUCCAUUCAUCUAUUUCACUACUCUCAAUAGCGAUUUCUUAUGGAAGACUGUCUGCGUUUAAGAAUGUCCAAGUGUAACAGUUCCAAAAUACAAACACUUGUAAUACAAUCCUCCAACUACCGCAGCUGUUCCCACCACCACUACUACACCCAUUGGAACUACUCAAAAUUCAUAACUAAAAUGUGCUGUCAAUUCAAUAGUAACUUCCUGUAGUUAAGCCACAUUAUACAACAGCAUUAAAUUUGAUUAAAGAGUCUGUAUUCCCACAGAUCCAGAGUAAUUUAAGAUAGUUUAGGAAGCAUUGAAGAUGGGUUUCUUACAUCAAAUGAUUUCUGAUAUCAGUGGAGCCAAGUACACCUUAUUCAUAUUCAUUGUAUUGGGAAUCUGCUUCACCUUAGCAUUCACCUACCUAUUGAAGUGGUGUAGUAAAACUGUUAUUUGGUUCAUCAUCUUUAUAAUCGUUGUGUUGUCCAUCUUCUUUGGCUAUUAUAGUUAUUUAUAAUAUAAGGCAGCAUCAAGCAUGACCAUUGGUUUAUCACCUACUGGAUAUCUAUUAUAAGCUAUUAUUUGGUGGUGUUUUGGAUUGGGUACAAUAAUCUUGACAAUUUGUUUCUACAAAAGAAUCAAUCUAGCCAUAGCCAUCAUCAAGUCAGCCUCUGAUUUUGUCACUAAAAAUGUCAGUAUUGUCAUUGUUCCUGUAUUCUCAACUAUUGCCACUCUAAUUUUAACUGUUAUUUUUAUCUACAUUGCAUUUAUAAUAUGUUCAACUGGUACACCUGGAGAUAAGUAAUAGCAAUGGCCAUUUGGAUAAUUGAAAUAUACAUUGUUUAAUAUUUUA